CACCAAUAUAAAACACUCCCUUCUCCACAGCCAUCCCUUCACUCAAUAACAUUCCUUGAUCACUGAAACAUAAAGCAUUUAUUAUGCAAGCACGGGAUGGAGAGGAUGUACGGGCACAACGAUAUUACAAGCGGGUAUGAGAAGCAUUUUGGGAGUGGUAGGGAUGAGGAUAAGAUAUGUGGACAGGUGUUCGGGGUGCAUGUUGUUGAAGGGAAUGGUACAGAGCGGGGUGAUGGUGUGAUGAUGAGCGGUAUUGAUGAUGUAAUGAUAUGUACGUAUAAUAAUGAGAUUGGUAAUAGAAAUAGCAGAGGUACUGUUAAUAUUAAUAAUAUUGCUUACGAUAAUUUCACCAAUAAUAAUCUCAUUAACCCUAACCUCAUUACCAACACUAACCUAAAUAUUAACUAUGAUCAGGUUAAUUCGCACAGCACUGCUACCCUUCAUGAUACGCAUCAGGUGCCGUACACGUACGGUAUGAUGAGUGGCACGGCUAGCAAUGGCAUGGUCAACGGUGCAAUUGGUGAUUGCAUCGUUAAUACGCAUGGAUACGAUGAGUAUGGCGGCAUGAUUGAUGAUAGGAUUGGUAGCAAUUUUAACUUUGAUAAUAAUUUUAGCAGAGCUGGUAACAAUCUCAGUUUUGAUAGAAAUGAUAAUAAUUUUAACUUUGAUAGAAAUAGCACAGCCCUUACACCGCUGCAAAUGCUCACCAUGUCAUGGCACCCUUCCGUACAAACGCCCUUUCCAUCUAUGACUAACACCCUGUACAAAAGACCAUCACCCGUACAAUCAUCAAACCGUGGGCACGUAUCACGUGAGAUGAAGAAAAGAAUGAAGAAGUGCACGAAGAUGAGCAGAAAGAAAGCGGAUGCUUGGUGUGCACACUGCAAUACGAGGGAGACAUCGCUGUGGAGGAGAUUAAAUGGCAGGUUUGUUUGCAAUGCAUGUGGACUGUAUUAUAAGAUGCAUGGGGUGGUACGGCCUACGUUCAUGAAGAGGGAGAAUAUUAGGAGGAGGAGGAAGAAGAGAUAGCAAUAGAGGGGUUGUAAUAGAGGGGUUGCAAUAGAGGGGUUGCAGAAAUGGCAGAAGUACUGACAGUACAAAUAUUAUUAGAACGGUAGGAUUGUAAUAUAGCACCAAUAUAAUAAAUAAUGCACCGCUGCUAGGGGUACAGUAAAAUAUAAAAAUGUGAUUAAAG